GCCACCGGAGUUGAAGUCGAAGAAGGCCAUUGUUAACGUGCAGAACACUGACAACAAGUGUUUACUGUAAGUAUAGCAGUGGGGUUUCAGUGUUGUGUUAUGGUGUAUGGAUUGAACUGUAUGCCGCCUGUCCAUGUCUUAUGUCAUCCGUACUUUAGAUGGUCAAUACUGGCUGCUAAAUUUUCGGCAGACAAGUCUCGUCCAUGUCGUCAAUCGUCGUACGCAGAACAUGCGGAUACUGUGGAUGUGAGCGGCAUCGAGUUUCCAGCAAAACUGGAAGACAUACCAGUCAUCGAAAGACUGAACGACGGUCUUUACAUCAACGUCUUCGGAUAUGAAGAGAAAGUCAUAUAUCCGUUAAGAAUUUCUCAGCAACCGCAGUCCGCCAUCAAUGUAUUGCUCAUCCAAGACGAACGCAAUGACGUGGAGGUGCAGCACUGGGUGUGGAUAAAGUCAUUCAGUCGUCUUGUUGCUACUGGAGCACGUCGAGCACAUUUCGUCUGCUUCAGAUGUCUCUCAACACACGUCACGGAGAAGGCAUUGAAUAAUCAUAUGAUGUACUGCAGUGAACAUCCUGAAGCUACGGUGGAGAUGCCAAAGGCUGGCGAUAGAGUGAUGUUCAGGAAUGUGAACAAGCAGCUUCAAGCCCCAUUUGUGAUCUAUGCCGAUUGUGAGGCUUUCAUAGAACCUCUGUCCGCUGACAAUAAAAUCGGUCAUUCGACAUUCCAAAAGAACAAGCAUGUAGCCUGUUCCUGUUCGUACAUUGUAGUACGAUCUGAUGGCGUCGUCACGAACCGUUUCUUCUACCGUGGAGAAGAUUCUAUGUUCUGUUUUCUGCUGUCACUUGAGCAAGAGGAGGAGACUAUCCGUGAUGAGCUUCUAGCAUGUAAUGCUGGUCAAAUGAUCAUUUCAGAAAGUCAGCAACGUGAAUUUGAAACGGUAGUCUCCUGUUGGAUCUGUGGUGAAGCGUUGGGUAGCGAUCGUGUACGUGACCACUGUCACAUCACCGGUGCUUAUCGUGGUGCAGCACACAACCAUUGUAACCUGAACAUGCGGAUUGAGCCGUUCAAGAUCAAGAUUCCUGUGAUCUUUCAUAACUUGAAGGGAUACGAUUCUCAUCACAUCAUAUCUGCCAUUGGGAGAACGUCCAUUGAUGAGAUUACGUAUGUGAACGAGAAAGGACAAGAACGGACCAAGCGUCUCGGUGCUAUCAACGUGAUUCCCAUCAACAGUGAAAAAUAUGUCACAUUCGGAUGGAGACAGUUCCAGUUCAUCGACAGCCUGGCAUUCUUGAACACCUCCCUAGACCGGUUGGUUUCGGCUACACCACCAGAUGCAUUCGCCCUUCUAUCCGCACGAUUUCCAGACGAGGAUGAACGCAAACUGUUGACACGAAAGGGUGUCUACCCGUAUGAAUAUAUGGAGUCGUACGACCAAUUCGAAGAAACGCGUCUACCACCCAAGGAUGCAUUCCACUCAACGCUAACGAACACGGGUAUCAGUGAUGAAGAUUAUGCCUAUGCGCAAACAGUAUGGACUGCGUUUGACUGUGAAGAUCUAGGAGACUAUCACGACCUCUACCUGGAGACUGAUGUGCUGCUGUUGGCUGACGUUUUCGAAAACUUCAGAAGAACUGCUCACGCAACCUAUGGAUUGGAUCCCGCUAAUUACCUCACCUUACCGGGAUUUGCCUGGGAUUCGCUGCUGAAAAUGACGAAGGUGUCCCUUCAUCUCAUUUCCGACAUUGACAUGUUCAACUUCAUUGAGCAUGGCAAAAGAGGUGGCAUAAGCAUGGUGUCCGCUAGACACGCCACCGCCAACAACAGAUAUCUAUCGGAAUACAAUCCAGACGAGCCGUCAAGCUUCAUCCAAUAUUUAGAUGCGAACAAUCUAUAUGGAUGGGCCAUGUCUCAACCCUUGCCCGUGUCGGACUUCUGCUUUGAAGCAGUGACGGAUGAUCUUCUGGAGUCGGUACUCGAUCAUCCAAUGGACUCUUCGACGGGAUACAUGGUGGAGUGCGAUUUAAGGAUUCCAGAUGGUGUGCAUGACAUGAUGAAUGAUUAUCCGUUGGCUCCUGAGCAGAUGAAGGUGACACGAGAUAUGCUUUCUCCAUAUCAGACCCACAUGGCAGAGAAACUAAUGGUGAGCGGUUUGGAAGCGAAGAAACUGGUGCCAAAUCUACUACCGAAAGAGCACUAUGUUCUGCACUACAGAAACUUGCAGCAGUAUGUGUCCUUGGGUGUGGAGAUUACAGAUGUGCAUCGUGUGCUCUCCUUCACACAACACCCAUGGAUGAAGCCAUACAUCGACACUAAUACUGACCUGAGAAAGCUAUCAACUUCUGAUUUCGAGAAAGACUUCUAUAAGUUGAUGAACAAUGCUGUAUAUGGCAAGACCAUGGAAAACGUUCGAAACAGAGUAAACAUCAAGCUCAUUCGUGAACAGGAUGAAAAACCACGUCUCCAGAAAAGCAUCAACAAACCUUCGUACAUCCGCAGUGUAGCCUUUGAGAACGAUCUGAUAGCAAUCGAGUUUGCCAGGACAAAGGUGACUCUCAAUAAACCCAUUUAUGUGGGUACAGCCAUCCUCGAUCUGUCGAAGCACUUGAUGUAUUCCUUUUACUAUGAAGUUCUCCUACCCCGCUAUGGACAAAAUGUACGUUUGCUCUACACUGAUACUGAUAGUCUGAUCGUACAUAUUCAAACCGAUGAUCUGUACACCGAUAUGUCAAACAACAUAACAGCCUAUGACACAUCCAACUAUUCACCAUCCCACCACCUGUACAGCACGGUCAACAAGAAGGUGGUAGGGAAGUUCAAGGACGAACUAGGUGGCAAACCCAUCAAGGAGUUCAUUGGUUUGCGGAGCAAGAUGUACGCAUACCGCUGUGAAGACAACGACGACAAUGGCAAGCGUGCCAAAGGUGUGCAGAGAAGCGUGUUGAAAAACACCAUAACCGUCGAUGAUUAUCGAACAUGUCUCGUCGAGGAGUCUCAGCUGAAGAGAACAAUGAAUGUUCUUCGAAGUCGACGACAUUGCAUUCACGGAGAGGAGCUACGCAAGAUUGCCCUCAGUGGAUUCGACAGUAAGCGUUACAUUCUGGAGGAUGGUAUCAACACCCUGGCAUUCGGACACAGGGAUAUUCCAAAGCACUGAGGGAUUUCCACACAUACUAGAGCAUAUGUCAUAUCUUCUCAUGAAAUACAUUGUAAAUACUAUGCGAUUCAUAAUAUUCACGUUAAUCCAAAGCAUGAGCUACAUUGUACAUAUGAAAUGCUAAUACUUUUUGAGAUCAUUCACAUCCUUCUUUGUUAACCAGGUAUGGAAUUUUUCGUCUUGAUAA